AUGUUUCAACUAGAUUGGCGUCGUUUACAAGGCACUCGAAUCCUCAGACUCCAGAACAUGGAUCACCCAAGCUUGCAUUUCACAAACCCUGCACAGAAUUCAGAAUCAGCGGAAACAAGUCAAUGUACCCCCGUCAGAGGAGAGCUUGGUACCGACUGUGUUCAGCAGGUAUCAAGCGAGCUCGAAACCCCGGAUGGGCCCACUACCAAUCGGACACAAGCGUCUGAAAUUUGCACUAGCAACUUAACGGCAUGGGACUCAGGGGUGUCGGGUGCCAAUGAAGGACGUCCAAGUGGCUCUCAGAAUGUUGGAACCGCCUUUCAGGAUUCUGCGAGAAUGUUUGCACAGAUUGACCAAGAGAGGACGCACUUCAACCCUACGACGAGCGAUGAAUUUUUCAGUCUAUUUCCAAAUCCCCAGCUCGCCAACCCUGCGGCGCAGAUGGAGCAGGAGAGGACGCACUUCAACCCUACGACGAGCGAUGAAUUUUUCAGUCUAUUUCCAAAUCCCCAGCUCGCCAACCCUGCGGCGCAGAUGGAGCAGGAGAGGACGCACUUCAACCCUACGACGAGCGAUGAAUUUUUCAGUCUAUUUCCAAAUCCCCAGCUCGCCAACCCUGCGGCGCAGAUGGAGCAGGAGAGGAUGUAUCUCGACCCUACGACGAGCGAUGAAUCUUUCAGUCUAUUUCCAAAUCCCCAGCUCGCCAACCCUGCGGCGCAGAUGGAGCAGGAGAGGAUGUAUCUCAACCCUACGACGAGCGAUGAAUUUUUCAGUCUAUUUCCAAAUCCCCAACUCGCCAACCCUGAGGCACAAAUCGGUUCUGCGAGAUGCGAGCCUCUUUAUUCGCGCAACGUCUCAGCUUGA